AUUGUGUCAUCUUUAUCUCUAUUUUCAGGCUUACAAUGGUUAUCUCUAUUUUCAGGCAAGAAAUGCUGUGUAUGUAAAAAAAAGUGCGUCGGGGAGAUAUUGAAAGCAGAAGGAGAGAAAUAUAUCCAUAUUUCUUGUUUCAAAUGUGCUAAGUGCUCAAGGUCAUUAAAAGAAAUAGGCUAUUAUACGGGUCCAGAAGGGCAGUUCUUGUGUGCCGAAGAUUUCCGAGCUUUAACAGUACCUUUGCAAGUAAAAGCAAAACAGCAACCUUUGAAACAUGCAGACGAAACUUCUGUCGCUGCAGUCACUCCGCCAACUCCAUCAUCACCCCCUCCUCUGUCUCCUGCAGGAUGUGCAUCAUGUGGUCAGCCACUACAGACUGGUCAGGUGUUGUUAGCACUCGAAGAACAGUGGCAUGUUUGGUGCUUCAAAUGUUCUGAAUGUUCUGCCGUAUUACAAGGAGAAUAUAUGACACAUGAUGGCAAACCGUUUUGCAUUCGAGAUUACAACUUGAAAUAUGGUGUGCGCUGCUACGAAUGUGAUAAGUACAUUGCUGGCAAAGUACUGCAGGCUGGUGGUUACAAAUUUCAUCCAACUUGUGCUCGCUGCUCACGUUGUGGCGAACAUUUUGGUGAUGGACAGGAGAUGUACAUGCAAGGUGAUGAAAUUUGGCAUCCAGGCUGUGAGCACAAACGAGUGACUGAAAAUAUUCUCCCAGCGUUCCAUUCCGAUCGUGCUCAUGACGAACCGAAAUAUCAUUCUCAUUUCGGUCAGCACUUGACUUACAUGUAUUUAUUGCCAGAAGCUGAGCAAACAUAUCUAAAACAACCUAUUCCACCUCAUCCACCACAACCUGCACAGUUUCAUACUCCUCAGGGUGCUGAAGAUCUCGAGAGGAAUGCACCUCGUCCACGAUCACCACAUAUGGAUAAUGAGGAACCAAUUGAAAUGGCACAUUAUCCGGCUGGACAUGCUCCGGAACCUGGAAUCGUUCCGCCGAUUGAACGAGAAGACUUCCCAGCUCCGCCAUAUCCGUAUGCAGUUGAAGAAUUAAAACGCCGUCUGUCAUCCUCUUCUGUUGAAAAUGAUGAUGAUGAAAUUGACUACGAUGAAUCAGAUCGAAUGGAUGAAGAAAAGUUAAGAAGAGCUGUAGAACAGCUGGAUAUAUAUGACAAGGAUUCCUCCAUUGCUUAUGUUAUUAAGCAGAAUCUGGAGGAAUCUCAUAAAAAGCAAAGGUUACCAUUACACUGGGAUCCAAGGAAUGCAAGUCGAACUCCAUCUGCGAAAAAGAUGCCACACUUACGAUUUCGUUAUGAUACCCCUGUGAAUGCAUCACCUUCCCGUCAUAUUAAUCGGCCGAAACCGUGGGUCUAUUGGCAAGGACACACGGAUAAAGCAGCUACCACAUCAAUUCCAUUUUUUCAUAUUCCAAAAUCGCGUAUGACAGGGCGUGCUGCUACACUCCCAGAUGGCUACCAUUACGGCCAAAAUGUUUCCAUAGAUGGCCUGGAUAGAACGAUUAAUUCACAUUUUUCUGAUCAAUUGCUACAAGAUCGUAGUGGUACCUUACCAGAUGAAUACCGUGGUAAUGGUACUAUUAAUGCUGCCAGUGAUAAUCGUGGUACAUUGAGAAGUUCUUUACCGGAUAUGAGUAAACCAGCAAAAAUAUAUCCGCUAAGUGUUCUGCAUACAUCUAACAAAAAAUUACCAGAUGAUGUGGAUCGUGCACAUUUAGAACGGCAUCUAAACAGAGAACAGUUUGAGGAAACUUUCAGUAUGAGUCCAAUCGAAUUUUAUAAGUUACCAGAAUGGAAAAGAAUCAAUUUAAAACGAAAAGCAAAGCUCUUCUGAUG